CUGCGGCUGCAACCCGGCGCGUCUCAGCCACACGGCAGCAUCCAAACCCAGGCACACAGCAAGGAAAAACUCUAAAUAAUGACCCUGACAGCCACGAGCCGGACGCACAGCUUCAUCUGACGUAAAGAUCCGGUGCCUGAGCUGCAGCCUGCUUUUCACCGCAGCCCAAGUCCCCCUGAAUACAGACCACGUGUCGGCCCACGAUGCUCAGCGGUUCAGUGGACGUGCCUAGCCCCGGGGGGAUGAGUGUGACAUCGGGCCGCAACGUGAUACGCAGCUCAAGCAUCAGUGGCACCAUGUACAGCCUGGAGAAGAGCCCGAGCAGCACCGGGCCUGACACUGGAGGAAUUAAAAAACGCCGCUCCAGCCUCGGGGCCAAGAUGGUGGCCAUCGUGGGGCUUUCACAGUGGAGCAAGAGCACGCAGCAACUCAACCAACAAGAUGGAGCAAACAAGAAGCUACGCAGCACGAUCAGGAGGAGCACGGAGACGGGCAUUGCCGUAGAGAUGAGGAACCGUGUGACGAGGCAGGGCAGUAAGGAGUCAACGGAUGGAAGCACUAACAGUAACAGCUCAGAAGGAACUUUCAUCUUCCCUACCACCCGACUGGGCCCAGAGAGCCAGUUCAGCGACUUCCUGGAUGGCCUUGGCCCCGCCCAGAUUGUUGGGCGUCAGACAUUAGCCACACCGCCAAUGGGCGAUGUACAUAUCGGAGUGAUGGAUCGCGGUGGUCAGAUCGAGGUGGAAAUCACCCAAGCCAGGGGUUUAACCCCUAAACCAGGCUCAAGGAACAUUCCAGCGACGUAUGCGAAGGUUUAUGUCCUGGAGAAUGGAGCAUGUCUCUCCAAGAAGAAAACCAAAGUGGUGAAGAAAACCCUGGACCCAACCUACCAGCAAACACUACUGUUUGACGAAAGCCCUCAGGGCAAAGUGUUACAGGUGAUUGUGUGGGGCGAUUACGGCCGCAUGGACACCAAGUGCUUCAUGGGAAUGGCCCAGAUCCUCCUGGACGAGCUGGAUUUGUCCUCCAUGAUUGGUGGCUGGUACAAGCUGUUUCCCACUUCCUCUCUUGCCGACUCCAGCAUCGGCCAGCUGACCCGACGCCUCUCACAGUCCUCACUCGAGAGUGCCACCAGCCCCUCAUGCACCUAGAAAAGGCCCUCCCUCCACAUCUUCUCUCUGUGUCUUUAUGGUCCCGUUCUCUUUUUCCUGCAAUUCAUUCUUACUGUACAUGCAACUCUCACUCACCCUGAGUGGAAACGCAUAGAUCCAGCGUAUUGUCCAUCACACAGACUUCAUUCGGUCUGUUUCUUCAUUCUGUCUCUUUCUGUUUUGUUAUGUUACAUAGCAAGAGACAAGUGUUAACUCGCACAUACCUUUUUGUCUAACUCUCCCACAAGCUGGAAGGCUGCUAAUCCGGAAGCAUACACACACACACACACACACACACACACACACACACACACACACACACACACACGCACAGAAAAUUUCCAGAAGUUUUCCAGACGAUGUAGCAUUUAUACAUGCGCAACCCAUAAAGAGCAUGCUUGUGAUCAUCACGCUUACGAUCCACCCCCCCACUCGCGCCAAAACUUCUGUUUUCCUAAAACUCUCUAUGCCAAACCUGCUCAAAUGUUUAUUUUUUAAAACCAAAGCAAUUCUUCUUAUAUGUAGUGUUUGUAGAGUAUGGAUAUGUAGCAGAGUCAAAGACUUACGGUAGGUGACAUGCAAAAAGAGAAAACAAAACAAAAAAACAAAAACCUUUAGAAUUAGUCUAACGUAUAUACGUUCAGGUCCAGAAUGGUUUCACCCUUGAUAAAGAUAAAGCUGUCUAAAAUACACAGAACAGAUGACGUCUCAAUUAAAAUCUCAUUGAAAUACGUUGGAACAUUCUUCCUCACAUAUACAGCUGUCAGACAGACACUUUUCUUUGUACAUGGAUGCGAUGUCCAUCAGCAAGCACACCAGCACUGAGCCGUUCCCUUUAAUUACCCAGAAUUUUCCAGAAGGACUCCUUCACAUUUCUUCAACUCAUGAAACAUCUUUAAUCGGAUUAAGAGCUGGCGUGUCCCGAUAUAAUAUUUUUUUUUUCGAUAAUUGCCUUUAGUACAGUUUACAACAUUACUCGAUUGCCUUCCCCGAGCCUACAAUGCUGCCCUAAAAACGUUAAAAAUCACAGUCCCGUAGAAGACGACUGUCUCUGUGCUGCCUCCAGAACUUGUAUCUCAGAAGCACAAACACUGCCCUAAAAGAUUUGCCAAGUAGCCUCUUUCUUAAAUGGAACGGUUAUAUGAUAUCAUCAAGUCUCCACGAUGAAGUAACGGUGUGUGCUGUAUAUUGCGAUAUAUCAUAUCAGGGGUGGACAGAAAAAAAUCACAAGCCUGGGAGAAGCAGGCUGCAUGUCUGGGCUAACCAUAUAUCCAUUUUCUGUACUGUUUUCUGUGCCAGCCCAUCGCAGGGCACAAUCGCACACACGUUCACACACUGUGGACAGUUUGGAAAUGCCAAAAUUCCACGACUUAUUUAGUAAAAUAUACAACAGCGCAAAAUUCUUGCCUAAUUCUGUCAAACAGUGUUAGGUGUCAAUAAUGUUGCACUUGAGGGACGAGACAGAUUCUUCCUCUCAACAAGAAUUUGCGUAUUCAUUAUAGCUAUCUAGCUAGAUAUCUAACUAUCCAUCCAUUUUCCGUAUCGCCAGAGUUACGCCCUGGACGGGAUUGCCAACCCGUUGCCCAAUCGCACACACAUUCACACAUUACAGACAGUUUAGAGACAUCAAUCAGCCCACAAUGCAUGUCUUUGGACUGGGAAGCUGGAGUACUCAGAGGAAACCCCUGCAGCACUUCAAAAACCCCUUCCGAUGCAAACUCCACACACACAGGGCAAAGGCAGGAUUCGAACCUUUUCGCGAAUGCGACCCACUUGUUCUGCAACCCUCAACCGGUUUCCGGCAUGCACGGAUAUCCAAAAAUCCACCACUGGCUUCUCUGUGAACUUCUGUGUACCCUUGUUCAAAAUAAACGUUUUCCCAUGACCCCCCAGCUAUCAGGUUAAGAACCGCUGCAUUCAGCCAUUGUGCAUGCGCUAGAUAACUAGCCUGUAGGUUUCUGUUCAAAACAUGAGACUGGGCAGCACAUUGAAGAUCAUGAAUUUAUGACUUGUCCAUCUCUGCAUAUGAUUAAGCAUGUUCCAGCUCCACAGACCGAUCUAGUCAUUUAUAUUCAACCGCGUUUCAGCUCAUUGUGCAGUGUAUUUGAGGAAACUUGAAAGUCCACCAAGGUUCAAAUUUCAAUCCAAAUCAGUCCGCUUUUUUUUUUUUUUUUACUCUAAUAAUUAGUAAUUAACGAUUUAACCGUUUUUAUUUUACACCGAUUAUGAUUUUCUUUUUGCUCAUCCCGUUUCUGAUGCCAAAAUGUGCCUCGGGUGGAACAGGGAGUUUAUUUUUAGCGUCAGAACACCGUAGCACUUUCUCAAAGUCCCAGUGCCAUUUAGGAUUUGAUGUUGAUCGAUUUGCUGACGAUAAGGGCUUUUUUAUUUUCUUGGUAGCACUUUGUCCUGAUGGCAGAAAGAGACCACAUUUUACACCUUGUUUACACCCUAGUCAUGAAGUCACGCAAUAUCAACAAUAUCAUUUAGUUACGAGUUUCAUUGCAUCAUUUAAAUCCAGAUUUCCUACACGUUUAAGCAUAUGGAUCAUUAUCUAUGCUGUAUGUUUCCUUUAUGUUUAUCAAGGGUGUUUGUAAUUCAGGAUUCGGGGGGGCGACUGUGAAGACGCACACACACACACACACACACACACACACACACACGCACACACUCUUCUAAAGGGCAGGGCUCAAAUUCACAAGUCAGGUUAUUUAAAUGCACAUAACUCCUGUUAUAUAUGGUAGCAUAAAUGUAUGAAUUCAAACA